AUGCCCGGCCAUGCGGUUAUAGACCGGCAACAUCGCGAAGGUGCUGCUAGGCUGUACAACGACUACUUCGCCAACAACCCUGUGUACGGUGAUGUCCUGUUUCGUCCAAGGUUUCGUAUAUCGCGGCGGUUGUUCUUGCGUAUUGCGGCCGCUGUGGAGGACCAUGACACCUGGUUCAGGCAGGGAAGGGAUGCAACGGGGAAGCUUGGCCUUAGUCCGUUACAAAAAAUGACAGCAGCCAUACGGCAACUAGCAUACGGCGUCAGUUCCGAUGCAGUUGACGAGUACGUGCGGAUAGGGGCGAGCACGACGAUGCUGUCAUUGCGGAAAUAUGUGCAAUCUAUUGUGGAGAUGUUCAGAGAAGAAUAUCUCCGGGCUCCCAAUGAAACUGACACCGCGCGCCUCCUGGCAGAAGGCGAGCACCGUGGGUUCCCCGGGAUGCUCGGGAGCAUCGAUUGCAUGCAUUGGGUAUGGAAGAACUGUCCAAAAGUGUGGCAUGGCGCGUACACAUGCCAUACUCGCAAGCCUUCUAUAGUUUUGGAGGCGGUUGCGUUGCUUAUCGAUGGGAGUGCCCCACCUGUGUCGUACAACAUAAAUAGUAACAGGUACAACAUGGGAUACUACCUCGGCGACAGCAUAUACCCCGAAUGGGCGACCAUAGUGAAGGCAAUUCCUGCACCAAGAGGCAACAAGAGCAUCCAUUUCUCCGCGAUGCAAGCAGCUGUCCGCAAGGAUGUGGAACGUGCAUUUGGUGUCUUGCAAGCUAGGUUUGCUAUUGUUCGUGGACCAGCUAGAGUAUGGGAUUAG